AUGGCUUCCCUCUCGACGUCCGCCGGGAUGUCCGGUGGCACUGGAUUGAAGAGCAAUGACGGCAGCGGCAGCGACAGAAUAACGCAGAACAGGAGUGUGCUGGUACAAUCCGGCGAGACGGACGAUGUCGACCUUGCUCCUGGCAGGGAGAAAGUGGAGAUGGAAAAGCCGACUGCGAAGCCGUGGGCUCAUUUCCUUGCUGGAGGACUCGGCGGAAUGACAGCAGCGACACUCACGUCACCGCUAGACGUGCUGAAAACGAGACUACAGUCUGAUUUCUACCAGGCACAGCUACAGCAGCUUCGCGCAUCUCACCCCUUACCGCCAACGACGUCGUCUCUCUCCUCCAUCACGCGCAGCGCGGCCAUCCACUUUAGCGAAACGAUACAGAUGCUACGAUCUAUACAUGUCCAUGAAGGAUGGCGGGCCCUCUUCAAGGGUCUAGGACCUAAUCUGACCGGCGUCGUGCCUGCGCGAGCUAUAAACUUUUACGUCUACGGAAACGGCAAGAGGAUGCUGAAUGAAUACUUCAACUAUGAUCCCAACGAGUCACCUGUGGCCAUCCAUCUCGGCGCGGCAGCCAUAGCAGGGAUAGCUACGGGCACAGCCACGAAUCCGAUCUGGCUAGUCAAGACGCGCAUGCAGCUGGACAAAAACGCCUCGCAGCAGGGCCGGAAGGGGAGACAGUACGUGAAUUCACUAGACUGUAUACGCCAGACCGUUCGACAUGAAGGGAUACAGGGCCUCUAUCGUGGGUUGUCGGCGUCUUAUCUGGGUGUGUCUGAGAGCGCGCUUCAGUGGGUGUUGUACGAGCAGAUGAAGCGAGGGUUGGCGCGGCGCGAGGCACGACUGGCUGCUGACCCGACACAUGUUGCCGGGUGGGUAGACGACGCUGUAUCGUGGGGUGGGAAGCUGGUGGCGGCUGGAUCCGCGAAGCUGGUUGCUGCGGUAGUGACAUAUCCGCAUGAAGUGGUCAGGACGCGCUUGAGACAGGCGCCUACCGUGCCUGUGGGCGGAAGCGGACGGGUCGAGAUGAAGUAUACGGGCCUGGCGCAGUGUUUCAAGAUGAUUUGGAAGGAAGAGGGUAUGGCAGGCAUGUAUGGCGGCCUAACGCCACAUCUGCUGAGAGUCGUGCCCAGCGCGGCCAUCAUGUUUGGAAUGUACGAGCUGAUCCUCCGGCUCUGUGGCACCACGGCCUAA